AUGAACGGCACCGAAGGAAACAACUUUUACAUUCCUAUGUCCAACAGGACUGGGCUAGUGAGGAGUCCUUACGAAUACACACAGUAUUACCUGGCAGAACCGUGGCAGUUUAAGGCACUGGCUUUUUACAUGUUUUUUCUGAUUUGCUUCGGGCUGCCGAUCAAUGUGCUCACGCUGGUGGUCACAGCUCAGCACAAAAAGCUGAGGCAGCCUUUAAAUUACAUUUUGGUAAACUUGGCUUUUGCUGGAACAAUUAUGGCCUUUUUUGGAUUCACGGUUACGUUCUAUUGCUCCAUUAAUGGGUAUAUGGCUCUAGGUCCUACAGGUUGUGCCAUUGAGGGCUUCUUUGCUACACUUGGAGGUCAGGUUGCUCUUUGGUCUCUGGUGGUUCUUGCCAUUGAGAGGUACAUCGUGGUUUGCAAGCCAAUGGGAAGCUUCAAAUUCUCCUCAAACCAUGCGAUGGCUGGCAUUGGCUUCACAUGGUUCAUGGCCAGUAGCUGUGCAGUCCCCCCACUUUUUGGCUGGUCCAGAUACAUCCCAGAGGGAAUGCAGACUUCCUGCGGACCUGAUUAUUACACCCUGAACCCAGAAUUCAACAAUGAAUCAUAUGUUUUGUACAUGUUCAGCUGUCAUUUCUGCGUUCCUGUUACAACCAUCUUCUUCACAUAUGGAAGCCUCGUUUGCACAGUCAAAGCUGCUGCAGCUCAACAGCAGGAAUCUGAGUCCACUCAGAAGGCUGAGAGGGAAGUGACACGCAUGGUCAUCCUGAUGGUUUUGGGCUUCUUGGUGGCUUGGGUUCCUUAUGCCAGCUUUGCUGCCUGGAUCUUUUUUAACAGGGGAGCUGCUUUCUCCGCACAAGCCAUGGCUAUCCCAGCUUUUUUCUCAAAAGCCUCUGCCUUGUUUAACCCCAUCAUCUAUGUGCUCCUAAACAAACAGUUCCGUAGCUGCAUGCUCAACACCCUUUUCUGUGGCAAGAGUCCUCUUGGUGAUGAUGAGUCCUCCUCAGUGUCAACAAGCAAAACAGAGGUGUCCUCUGUGUCUCCAGCAUAGAACUAAUUGCCAACUAUGCUUUCUCAAUUAUUCCUUUAAU